AUGCUGCCCCGCUUCCAGGCCCAAGCUCAAGUUUACCCUCCUCUAGUUUCUUGCUCCCUUCAGCCCUCCAAACGACUGUCUCGACUCUGGCAUUUGUGGCAGGUGCACCGCGAGAGCUGGAAGGGCAGUGCACCUGCGACCGUGGGGGCAAACGCUAGGCGGUCAGCGCUCGGGGCUUUCUUUCGACUUCAGCCCUUGAGUACGGAGGUGCAGCGGCCUGCAGAUCGCAGCGCGCCUGAAGGAUCUACGCUUGAGGCCGACUUUGAAGUGCAAAGACUAACGCUCGCUUUGAAAAGCGUUCGAAGACAAAAAUCUCCGAAAGCUGGGGCAGCCUGCAUACACCGCGCCGCCGCCACAGACGGCUACACUGAGGCACCGAAGCAGCCCGCCCGGCCUUUGCCCCGCACACCGCCGCCCGCGCGCUCUCGGUGCCACGUGACGGCGCCCCUCCAUCACGCGCGGGGGGCGGGGCGCCGCCGCCACUCUCUCGCUUGUCCAAUAGGAAACGGGGAGCGGGUGGGGAAGGCGGGCCCUCCCGCCCCUCCGCCGUCCGCCCAGCGCGGGGCGGGCCCAGCCGCCACCCACCAGUGGGGUCCCGACGAGCCUGGCUGGGCCGCGGCGAGGGGGCGAGGCGCAUGUCAGUCAGACAGUCCGGCCAAUGGAUUCGCGCGCUGCCCUUGUGCCCGCCCCCGCCUCGGCCUCCCGGCGCCCGCGCUGCCUUCCCUCAGGCCGCCACGGCCCGCCCGCCCGCGCCUCCAUCCGGGUCCUCGCGCGCGGCUCUCGGGCGGCGGCGGGCGGUGGGCGCGAGGGCUGGGCCGUCCCCGCGGAGGGCGGCGGCGGGCGGCGGCCUCUCCUGUGAGCUCGAGGUGGGUACGAAGAUGGACGGCGAGCGUGGGCCUGUCGCCAUUUUCCUUCCCUCCGAAUCCUAGGGCGGUAAAAGAGGGCAGCGCUGCGGGCCGGCCGGUGCGGGCCUGUGGCCAGGCUGGGCGGGUAGCAAGCGGGGGCCGUGGCGGCGGUGGCGGCGGCGGCGGGCGGGCGGACGGGCGAGCGAGCGGGGGAUGGGCGCCGCGUGGCGCGGACUGGCGGCCCCAACCCCCUCCGCUUCCCGCCCAGCGCCUCACGGACCGGGGGGAGGGGUCAUUCUUCACAUUCUUCACCCCGCCCCUCCCCCUGCUUCAAUCAAACUUGGGCGGGGGAAGUCCCGCCCCCGGGCCGCGCCCAUUGGCCGACGCCGCCUCCCGCUGUGGCGUGACUGGCUCUGGGCACAGCUAGGUCUCCCUGACGUCACCUCCGCUAUCAGGUUUGUGGGCCGGGGAGACCUUGGCCUUGGGGGCUGGGAUGCAGGAGGAAGGUAGGAAGUGCGGGGGGAGGGCCGGCGCGGGCGGGCGCAGGCGGGCCCUGGGCUGGCUCGCUGCCCCUAAUCCGCCCGGCCGGGCGCCGCCUCGGUCCCGGAGCAGCUGUGCGGCCGGCUCCGCUGCGGCGGCCGUCCUUGGCGAGGGAGCGGGGCGGGCGGCGGGAGGAAGCGGGCUCCCGGGAGACGGGCUCGUGCGCGGCGACCUGGGCCACCGCCAGCGGCCGCAGCCCUGAGUCGGGGCUGGUCGCCCUGCAGGCGGGCCGGCCGGGGCCCGUCCCCGGCGCGCUCCGGUGAGGAAUGCGUAACCUUUCUGUCCUUGGCCAGCAGUGGCCUUCCGUCUCCAACUUUUACAGUAGGGCCUGGCCCCCUGCCUUCCGUGUCAGGGGAGGGCGUGUGCUCCUUUCCAGCCCUUCUUUCUCGGAUAGACUUCUCGCUCGCGAGAGGCUCGGCCGGCGGGAAGAGGCGGUGGGAGGCCGUGAGUGUUACGUUCCUGCCGCAAAUGAGGAGACGAUGAGUUUUCCUUUUUUAGCUUUGCUGGUAAAUACUGCUGCCUUGGUCCUCGGUUCCUAAAGUGAAAACCUCGUUUAGCAGUCCCCCGCACUUCCUUCUGUCGGCCUGAGAAUCAUGCAAUAACGUAAGGAGAUUUAGGGUCAAAUUUUAGAUUUGUAUGUAGUUUAGAAAAUAAUCGUAUCCAGGUUUUUGUGCUGAAUGGAGUUUAGGUUCAUUUACAGUAUGUUCAGGGAGUGUGUAGUUAAGGAAGUAAAAACUUGUAAGAUACUUCGGGAUUUGUGAGGGUGUUUGAUUUAUUAUACACAGUUGCUAAAAGUGUUGUCUUGAAACUUGUGAGUUUUUUGAGGGACGAAUCUCUCCCAUUUCUCCUGAACUCGGUUAUAAUUAAAUAGUAUUUUUAAAUGUGUUGCUUGGGUACAGGCAAUUAUGGUUGGUAGUGGGAAAAGUAAUGCGUUUGGGUAGUUAUUUUGCAGUGAUAGCUAGAAGAUCCUUUUCUUCAUGUUGAAAGGGGCUGUGCGUCCUUCCCUCUUCACUAAAUUGAAGCUCUGUUAAAUUUGAGAGACUGGAGAAUUAUGCAGGUGUGAGGGAAACAAAACACCUGUUCAGAAAUGAGAGGAAAUUUGCAAACGAGGGAAUCCAGACUUCUAGAAUGAAGAGAUCAAUAUUAUACAAGAUGAGAGUAGAAGAAUUUGGAUCCCCAGUAAUGAGUUGUCAACAUUGCCUCAUGUGACCUCAGGACUGGAGUAAAAGGAGGCCUGGUCACUCUUGCCCUUUGCCUGUAUGGGUGUUCUAAGCAUUGCACAAUCACUUAAGAGUGGACUUCAUUAAAUAAUCAGAUAAAACUAGA